AUGUCAUCAGGUGGAAACAUAUAUGCCAUCAGCACGGAACGGUUCCGUGCGAAGGUGGUAAAUGUUCCGCUUUCGUUGGGUGGUAUUAAUGCGGGAGGCGGUGGAAGCGGAAGUAGCAGUAGCAGCCUUAUGUCGGGCAGUGAUGCGGCCGCAACCGGUUCGCCAAUUGCCGCAGCACCAGCCGAUUCGCUGGCGAUCGAUGAUAGGAUCGACAUCGAGCCCGGUAUGACACUGCAGAUCGUCGAACAACCGUCGAGUAAGAUUGCGUUGAUCAAGAUCAAAGAUUUUUACGGCACGACGGCAACAGCGAACAGCCGUGGCGCCGGAACACCGGGCGCAGUGAACAAUGUACAGACAAACCCAUACGAGAAUCGAAUAUUUCAAUGCCAGGCGGCAAACCUGCAGCGGAUCCCCUCCGACAUAUGGCCGUACAUCAUAGCAAUACUGGAUCCACAAGAACGGUGCGAGUUCGCGAAACGGCCGAAACUGUUCGGUUCGGUAAAACAGCUCCGCACCGGCGACAUAGUGAUGGUUUCGUGGCUGGCCAAAAAUCGGCACGUAACUUACGAUUGCAUUAUACGUUACGUGGGACCGGUGCCGAAAAUCGGACCCGGUUAUUACUUUGGACUCGAGCUACUGAAUUUAGAAAAUGGUGAAUCGCCUCAAAAAGAUGACAUCGAUUUUGUGUCCGAUUACAUGAACUGCGAGCCGCGGUUAGCAUUAAUUGUAGCAGCGAAUUGGAUCAAAUUUCCCGAACACGAAGCUGCCGGCAAGCAGCAUCAUCAUAAGCGCAACCUGUUGGACAGUUUAGUGUGCGGUGCAAGAGAUCUUAACAAUCGCUUGUCGCGAAAGACAGGCAGCAGCAGCAGCAAACAUUCGACGGACGACGCGUCGAGCAAAAGUGGAGCAGUCCGUAGUGGGAAGGUCAUCAACAGCGAAUACCCACCGUACGCACGAUCUUAUACGCCGGAUCUGACGAGCAGCGGUGCGGGCGGAUCGAACCGAAAGUCUACCGACAUCGGUACGCUGUACGAUAGUUUCAGCUGUCUGCAGAUGGACCCGGCCGGUACGAAGGCAAUGCACCAUAAGAAAAUUGCUGCAUCCAUAUCGAGCCCGAAUCUGUCGAAGCAAGAUAGCAGCAGCAGUACGGGAAGCUCUGGUCGGUACGUAAACAGCCAUCCAAUGGAUAGCUACGGGGAUGAGUAUCACCGAUUUGUCGAGCAUAGUCAGCAGCAUCAGCAUCACCACCAUCACCACCUCGCGGACGAAGCGUACCGUAGCUCGGGGCGUAGCUCGCAGAAUAGCUCGAACAGUAGCACGCUGAAACAUUCCAAGGCACGAUCGGGAAAGGUGGCCCGUUCGUCCGGAUCCAACUCGUCCGUAAACAGUGCGGGCGGGGGUGGAUUUCCUUCUGUUAGCAAACAGAGCACCAUACUGAGCUUACCCGAUCGGGAUGUGGUUGUGAUCGAUUCGAACGAGAUCGAUGAAGCGAUCAAGAGCGCAAGUGAUGUGAUCGUGGUCGAUCCACCGCCAGUACUCAGCCCAACCGAUAACCGGGAGGUGGAGCUGAUGGAUCUGUUGGGCAGUGGUAGCUGGCCGGCGGAAGCUGGCGAAGUGGCCGCCAUACUGUCAGGGAACAGCAGCGAUAAGAAAACGCAAACUCCAACGACGACUGCCUUGUCGUACGGAAAUGGUUUGGCAACGGGGACUGGAUACAACACCAGCGGCAGUACCAGUAGCAAUAGUACGGCCAACAGCAAUCACAGCUAUCAUAGCCACAAUGGGUCAACGGCAGCCGUCCGUUAUGAACGGAAUAAAUCGCUUAAUCCUCUUGCGCACAUCGGGAGUCCGAAGCCUGUUGAAACACUUGCGUCUGGCUUACGAAAGGUGCGGACGGGCGAUACUAAACCCGCCACGGUGGAUGUAGCUACAAUGACGAAACUAAACGACGGUGCUACAACCGGAGGCUACAUCACAUCGAACGGUAUCGGAACGGCGGCAGUAUCGAAUGGCAACGAUAAUAACGGAACGAUCACGACCAACGGUCUACUCCCCCGCAUCGGUUCCAUAUCGCCAGAAUCGGACAACGGUGGACCACCGGCUGUAUCGCCGCUGCAGGAGCUUCCGAACGAUCCGUCGCUUGGCGUCGGUUCGAUGGUGGAGGUUACGCUCGACGCGUUCGAAACGCCCGGUUCUACGCCGGCAACGACAGAUCCGCUGCUGUACGGUGUUAUACGCUGGAUUGGACCACUGCCAACAGCGGGCAGUGGCAGUAACCAUCGUAAGGCGAUGGUCGGCGUCGAGCUGGAGGAUGAACCAAUCGAUCCCACGCUCGAAACGACCAACGGAACGCACAACGGUGUGAGGUUAUUCAAAUGUCCUGCCAAUCGUGCAAUAUUUGUGCAUACGAGUCAGUGCAGCCGGGACCGGCGGUUCCAGGACAUACCGCCUAUGUCACCGUGCACCUCACGAACAACUCAAGUAUCGUCUGCGGGCAGUAAAACCGACACCACCAUGUUUGGGAAAGUCGAUUGUCCGGUCGUGAAAGGAAGGAUGCCACCAUUGAAAAUUCUAAAACUGGAGGAACUGGAAGAAAUUUGUGGCAAGUUCAAGGGUAUACAGGGGCACCAUAAUUCCUGCUACCUAGAUGCAACCCUCUUUGCGAUGUUUACCUUCACUAGUGUAUUCGAUUCGUUGCUAUUUCGGCCUAAAGAGCCUGAGGACAAUCCUCAAUACGAGGAGGUGCAAAGAGUACUGCUGGAAGAGAUCGUAAACCCACUGCGAAAGAAUCACUUCGUACGGGCGGAUCGAGUGCUUAAGCUGCGCCAGUUGCUCGAUCGACUAAGCUCCGUUACGGGGCUGAUGAGUGAAGAGAAAGAUCCGGAAGAGUUUCUUAACAGUUUGCUCGCGCAGAUCCUUCGUGCUGAUCCGUUUUUAAAACUAAGUUCCGGUCUAGACACGUUCUACUAUCAGUUAUUUGUGGAGAAGGAUGAACGUUUAAACUUGCCCUCGGUACAGCAACUGUUCGAGCAGAGUUUUUUGGCGUCCAACAUAAAGCUGAAGGAAGUACCGUCCUGUUUGAUCAUCCAGAUGCCCCGGUUCGGUAAAAACUUCAAGAUGUAUCCCCGUAUCCUUCCUUCCCAGGUCCUCGACGUGACGGACAUCAUUGAGGAUUCUCCACGUCAGUGCUGGGUAUGCGGAAAGCUAGCGGAAUACGAAUGUCGCGAGUGUUUCGGCAAAAUGCAAUGCGAAGGUUUAGAGGGUACGGCAAUUUGCAAGAGCUGCAUCGAUAGCGUUCAUCACCACAGCAAGCGGUUGAACCAUAAACCGGUACCAUUGUCGGUGCCGCAAGAUUUCAUCCCGAUGGCUCCACACUGCGAAGUGCCUCGACUGUACAUGGAGCUCUUCGCGGUUGUAUGUAUCGAAACGUCCCAUUACGUAGCGUUCGUGAAGGCAGCCUCCGGUCAGGAUGCUCCCUGGUGUUUCUUUGAUUCCAUGGCUGACCGUAAUGGUGAGCAAAAUGGUUACAAUAUUCCAAAAAUGGUUCCGGUGCCGGAUCUACCCCGUUGGCUGACGGAGGAAGGUUCGCGGGCGCUAAACGAGGAGGCAGUCAACGACAAAAUGUUACCUGAACAUGCCAAGCGAUUGCUGUGCGAUGCGUACAUGUGCAUGUACCAAAGCACCGACGUUAUGAUGUACCGAUAA